AUGGGCCAGUCCGCAUCGCGACCGAAAAAGCAGCCAGCAGCUCCCGCGCCGGAGGAGGAACAAGAAGGAUGGGGUCUCUUCCACUCUGGUCAAGCGACGUCUGUUCCUGAAGGGACGGAUUCACAGCAGAUGCACGAGGAAAACUUACCUUCCGCCGACACUGCUUCGAGAAACACAGAGGAUAUCUCGGGGGAAGAUGAGACCCAGCAAGAUCCUGCAGCGCGAGGCGACGGAGCCUCUACUCAUGAAGAUGAACAUCAGAAACAAUCCCCAGCGUCGCACGUAACCGACCCAGCACAUGACGAACAGGAUGACAGAAGCGACGGGCGUGAUGACGAACCAAAUCGACCCGUUGAGAUGAGUGCGAAUGGGCAGAAUCCUGAUCCCGACCCCAUCAGUUCUGGGGAAGAGACAGCAGAUACCCAGACACCAGAGCCACAUGAGAACAUGGCCGAGCGAGAGACCAGUAACCAAGGCAAAGACCAGACAAAAGAACCCAAAAUAACGGAAAGUGUCCCAAAGCCUACCUUGCAAGCCAACGUCGGAGCACAUACGGCGACCAACUCCGCCGACCGCGCGCCGUAUACCUGGUUUGACAUGGUCAUUGAUCUCGAUGAUCCCAAACCUCUUGGACCGGCAGGAUAUUUCUGUGGGCCUUCAACGAUGCCCGAAUUGCCGCCCUUGGGACCCAAAACCAGUAUCCAUGUGCUAUAA